AUGGAUAUUAUAAACCUCGGCUUUGCAGAUGACUUGCUUCUAUUUGCCAAAGGUGACCUUAAAUAUGUGGAAAUGUGGGUGGUUGUGUAUGAAGAAUUUUCCAAUUCCACAAGGCUGAAGAUAAAUCCGUCCAAGUGUAAAGCAUUCUUUGGGAAUAUGGGAGAUGAGGAUGGGCAAAGAAUACAAGACAUCACCAAGUUUUAUGAGGGUCAGAUGCCUUUUAGGUAUCUUGGUAUACCUUUUACCAGCAAUAAGUUAAACAUAAACCAUUGCCUUCCUCUGGGUGAUAGAAUCCUUACUAGAAUCAACCAUUAG